GGUGGGGGGGCGCCGAGUGGGGGCGGCGGCCAGCAUGCUGCUCGGCUGCAGCUCGGCCUCCCACACCCGCUGCGCCCUCGUCCUCGCCAGCAGCGGCGGCGGCGGAGCUGCGAGUGGCGCCCGUGUCUGCAGCGGCGCCCGGUCCAGGCGCGCGGCGCGGCGGCAGGGGUCGGCACUGGGGCGGGGUGCGGGGACCCGGCAUGGCGCUGCGGAGGGGCGGCAACGGGGUGCCGGGGCGGCUGCUGCUGCUGCUGCUGCUGGGCGCCGCGUGCUGGGUCCCGCCGAGCGCGCAGGUGAGGCGGUUGGCGCGCUGCCCCGCCACUUGCAGCUGUACCAAGGAGUCCAUCAUCUGCGUGGGCUCUUCCUGGGUGCCCAGGGUCGUGCCGGGCGACAUCAGCUCCCUGAGCCUGGUAAAUGGAACGUUCUCGGAGAUCAAGGACCGCAUGUUUUCCCAUCUGCCUUCCCUGCAGCUGCUAUUGCUGAAUUCUAACUCAUUUACAGUCAUCCGGGAUGAUGCUUUUGCUGGACUUUUUCAUCUCGAAUACCUGUUCAUCGAAGGGAACAAAAUAGAAACCAUUUCAAGAAAUGCCUUCCGUGGCCUCCGUGACCUGACUCACCUUUCUUUGGCCAAUAACCACAUAAAAGCACUCCCGAGAGACGUCUUCAGUGAUUUAGACUCUCUGAUUGAACUAGAUUUGAGGGGCAAUAAAUUUGAGUGUGACUGCAAAGCCAAGUGGUUGUACCUGUGGUUGAAGAUGACGAAUUCCACCGUUUCGGAUGUGCUGUGUAUCGGUCCCCCUGAGUACCAGGAGAAGAAGCUAAACGACGUGACCAGCUUCGACUACGAGUGCACGACGACAGAUUUUGUCGUUCAUCAGACUCUGCCCUACCAGUCGGUCUCGGUGGAUACGUUUAACUCCAAGAACGAUGUGUAUGUGGCCAUCGCCCAGCCCAGCAUGGAGAACUGCAUGGUGCUCGAGUGGGACCACAUCGAAAUGAACUUCCGGAGCUACGACAACAUUACAGGUCAGUCCAUCGUGGGCUGCAAGGCCAUCCUCAUCGAGGACCAGGUCUUUGUGGUGGUGGCCCAGCUCUUCGGCGGCUCUCACAUCUACAAAUACGAUGAGAGCUGGACCAAGUUUGUCAAAUUCCAAGACAUCGAAGUCUCUCGCAUCUCCAAGCCCAACGACAUCGAGCUGUUUCAGAUCGACGACGAGACAUUCUUCAUCAUUGCCGACAGCUCGAAAGCCGGCCUGUCGACGGUGUACAAGUGGAACAGCAAAGGGUUCUACUCGUACCAGUCCCUGCACGAGUGGUUCAGGGACACGGAUGCCGAGUUCGUGGACAUCGACGGGAAGUCUCACCUGAUCCUGUCCAGCCGCUCCCAGGUGCCCAUCAUCCUGCAGUGGAACAAGAGCUCCAAGAAGUUUGUCCCCCACAGUGACAUCCCCAACAUGGAGGACGUGCUGGCCGUGAAGAGCUUCCGGAUGCAGAACGCCCUGUACCUCUCCCUCACCCGCUUCAUCGGGGACUCCAGGGUCAUGAGGUGGAACAGUAAGCAGUUUGUGGAGGUCCAGGCUCUGCCCUCCCGGGGGGCCAUGACCCUGCAGCCCUUCUCCUUUAAAGAGAACCACUACCUGGCCCUGGGCAGUGACUACACGUUCUCCCAGAUCUACCAGUGGGAUAAAGAGAAGCAGCUGUUCAAGAAAUUUAAGGAGAUUUAUGUGCAGGCACCUCGGUGCUUCACAGCGGUCUCUACCGACAGGAGAGAUUUCUUUUUCGCCUCCAGUUUCAAAGGGAAAACAAAGAUUUUCGAACACAUAGUGGUUGACUUAAGCUUGUGAAGGGGGGUGCUGGGUGAACGUGAGGGACGCGUAGCACUAGCUCUCCCAAGACAGGGCGAGGACAGAUAUUUAAAAAGGAGCCCGGUUCAGAGGUCUGAAACUAAACCUGCAUCGGGGAAGUAGUUAGAAGUUUUCAACCUUUUAGAACUCACAUUUUAAUCAGGGAUUGCGUUUAUUGGCUAACUGCAUGACACGCCCAUUCUCCCAUCUAAAAAGACAUCUUAAAGCCUGUAAUUCUGGAGAAAAGAGUACAGUCUUAACUCUUACCAUCUAGGAAAGGAAUGUGUUUUUUUGUUUUGUUUUGUUUUUAAGUGAGAACAUUGGAUAAGGUGUGACAGCUAUUACAAUGAACCAUUUUUUUUAAAAAAGACCAAACAAACUAUGGGCCUUUCUCACCUCGUUUUAGCAAUCUUUCUGGUAAGAACGCUUAAAGCCAAAGUCAGCUGAAAAGAUUUGCUGAUGAUAAGUUUAAAAAUCUGAUAACACUCAGCAGUGCUAUUUUGAGCCAUCCCAAUUUCCCAAACCCCUCCCCCCCUUAUUAGCUGAACCCUGACUAUUUAUUUCAUUGGCUCAUAUGGAUGCUUGUCAUGGGUGUGUCAACAAAUAGUGUUUAACGAAUUGCCUCCUCUGCUACCAAGAAAAUGUUCUGCUGAUACAUGUCUAGGCCCAGCACGGGCUGUGGGCCCAGGAGCGAGACAAAGGAGUUUCUCCUCUUCUUGUGGUUCAGAGCUGACCCCCGCGGUGGCCAGAGCGACGGUGCUCGUUUGAUGCUCUCUGCGACUCACCUGCUUCUCUGACCCCGUCCUUUGAGGGUGCGGGUAACCAGCAGACAGCCCAGAGACUGAAUGGUGCUUUUUAUUCUGUCCUGCAGAGCAAUAGAGCAGGUAUUUCCAUCUGGGGAGAAUUUCUGAAGGAAGAUUUUGCGGAGUCAAGGGGGACUUGACACGAAUCUCGACGUGCUUUGAAACCUAGCGAUGGCCUUUUGACCGAUGCAUGUCUCUGCCCUCUGGGCAACUUAAUAUUCGAAGUAAUUGAAUAGCAACCUGCCUACCUGCCCACCUGCAUACCUCCCUACUCAUGUAACAGUCUGCUUUGUCGACGUCCUGCCAGCACAGCCCUUCCAAAGGUGCUAUAGCACCAAACUGUAGAAGGUGGGGUACUCUGGAUGGCACGCUCCUUCCUCUCUCAGUUCUUAGCUCAGUGGGGGCCAUGUGCUGCCAGGGGGCUCAUCCCAUCCAGGAUGGCGGUGGGGGACCAGCUCAUCCGUAGGGAAGAGCUGUGGAGCUGAAUCCCACAGAGUGGGUCUGCACUCAGGGGCCCAGGUGGCCUGUCUCAAAUGGGCCACUCUGGUGUGGACCAUUGGGAAGCUCAUCGCAGGGCGGUGGGGGCAGGGGGUCUGGUUUUGUGGACUGGUCCAGGGGGAUGUUCUGCCUGGUUAGCUGGGUCUCUUCAGAGAGUAUGAAGUGGAUGCUUUUCAGGAGUGGCUCUCACAGAGUAACCCACAACUUCUCUUCUAGCCAUGAGCACAGCAUAAUCAUUGUACUGUAUUGUUAUUUCUUUUAGUGAUUUUUUGUUGGCCAAGUCAUGAGUAGGGAGAUGUUUUGCCGCAGAUAUGAAUGUGUUUGUUCCCAGACUUCAAGCAGUGCAGAUCGAGGCAAUAAAUAGCACUUAGAGAACAAUGCAUCGAUGUCACCGCAGCUCUCUUGGGUACAUUCUGGGGCUGCAGGCUGAGGGCUUCCAGCUGAGGACGCCAGGGAUUUUAGUGAACGAACUCAUCCACACACAGUGGCUUUGUUGCUUGAAACAUUCCUACUAAGCACCAAACAAACAGAAGAAAAGUGGUGGGCUUUUCUCUUUGAAAGCACAAGUGACUCUUUCUUCUGCGUUCUUGUGCCUUCCUGGUUGCCUGAAUGGACAGCAGACGCCCAGAUCCCUGCCCUGGGGUGGCUGACCAUGGGCCAGCCCUGCUGUGCCUCGGGCUGUCAAGAUGGGCAAACUAUUUUUUCUGGUGCUUGGCAGCCCUCAGGCAAGGCUGGGUGGGAAAAUGGGCUCUGGGCAAAUAGUCAGGUAGCAGAUGUUUAGAUCGCACUGGGGCCAGAUCAAAAUGAUGUCCUGAUUUAGACAUCUGUAGAGAAGGCACCCGGGAUGUCGCCACAGUGCUGCCUUUACCGAGUGGUGCCCCUGCUUCCCAGCUUCACCUCUGAGGGCAAAAUUAGGGGCUAACCACGUGUCCUCAACCCCUGGUCACCCUUGCCCAGAAUCUUGAAAACCAGGGAGCACAGGGUGCCAGGCUGGGUGUGAGGAGGGGUGGAGGGACCUGCUGAGUCCAGGUGAGACAGGGGGGAAGAAAAAUCUAAAGCUUCUGAUGGGAGUGGGGGUUGGAGGGUGAGAGGGUGGGCAAGCCACUCGGCUGCAGUCAGGAUUUCUUUUCUUCUACCUGCUUGUCUAGAAACUCUUAGACAGGAUCCGAGUCUGCAGCCCGCAGAGUGUCUGCGCUGAGGGAGGAGAUAUUUGUUCUGGCCGACUUACUUAAGGAGUGUGGAUGUUCUUGGCGCGAGGCGAGGGAAGCUUUGCUUCAUUAAUCUUACUGCUCCAUCCCAAGAGUCCCUCAAGUUUUAAACAAUUUCUGCAAGAAGAUUUCUUCCAGUAAUAAUGUGAGAGAGAAAAAAAAAAAAACCCCGAGUGACGAUAGACAUCCAAAGCCAAGGGACAUGGGGGACCGUCCCCGUGGAGGGAGCUUUAGGAGGUGAUGUGCUUCUUUCUCCACCCGUUCCCAUCACCCGCUGGUCGGUCAUCUCAGCUUGUUCUCUCUUUACAAUCUUGGUGACUAGGCGCUCACUCCGAGUCCCUCCACACAGCCGUGUGGCCGAGAUACGCAGCCUGAAAGCAAGGACUUGUCCCCAAAUGCCGUGGAGCCAGGAAUAGAUCUCUUAUCAAGACUCUAAAAAUAAGCCUUCUGUGCGGAUGGCGCUGUGCUCGUGGGCGGUGGAUAAUAAGACCAACUUGUACUUCAUCAAAGCUUUAUAUUUCCCAACGUAUAUCUGUGUUCAUCUCAUUUGCUCAGAAGGAGUUGAUUCGAGGGCAGACAUCAUUCCAGUUUCGGAGAGAAGGAAGUAGACACAGAAAUUCUAAGUCAAUUGCUCGCUCAACAUGAGCCAGUGGAGACUGGCAAGACUAGAACUUGCCCUCUGAGCCGCAAGCCCGGCGUUUUCUUUCUGUGCCUCGGCUGUGUCCUCUGAGCGAAAAACGUUCUAAUUGUGGUUUUGAAGAUAGCAGCACCUUGAGAGGAAAUGAAAAGUGCAACAAAAUGGGCAUCGCCCGAAGGAAAAUAGUGCUGAACAGACAACCAUCCAAUCAACCGGACCAUUUAACGAUUAAACGCCACGGAACCGCCGCUCCAGGCACGCCCCCACUCUUGAAUGUCUUCCAGGAGUUGCAGAGAAUUUUCUGUUCUGAAGAGGGUUUCCAUCCGGCACGGUCGUCUCUCCCCUCACAUACCUGUGGGAAGGAGGCUGAGGUUGAGGCGCAUCUGGUUCUUGUCACGACGUCCACAAGAUAAACAAGAACGGUUCCGUGGGGGGCGGGGAGGAGCGGAGAACUCGAAUGCACGAGCGAUGAUGAAUUGCUCCAGGCCGCCCUCAGCCUCGCUGGAAAUGGCAGGGUUGCAUUUUUCUUCCCCACGGACUGAGAGGCUGCAUAUUUUUAGGAAAGGAAUCAGCGUGGGAUGCUGGAGGCUGGGCUGCCAGGAACACUCGCGAUGGAAAUGUCUCCGCCGGGGGAUAAUGAAAGAGAGGGGAAGGCCUGCGGGAGGGCAGUCUGUUUGCAAGCCACCUAAUGAAAAUGUCUCGGGCUGGCUCCCCAAUUCUUCUGCAGAAGCCUCCGCCCCUCGCUCGCAGCUUUAGAACAGUUCUUUAAUUAGGCGGUGGCCAGAGAUUCUGUGAAACGGCACCCUGGACUAGAGGGCAAUGAUCUAGUUGUUGACACAGUGAGCGAGACGGCCAGGACCUGGGGGAAAAGUAAAGGAAAUGGGCAGAAAAGCAGGGCAGAUGGCUGUGGUGGAGGGAACUCUUUGGGGAAAGUGGAAAUAAACUGGAAGAAAAGAGAAAGUCAUAAUGAUUUCCUUUGCCUCAGCCAGGCAAGUAGACGGUGGAAUGAUCAGGCAAAUUAAUAGCAUCCCAAUUAUUCAUGAAGAAAACCAAUUAUAACACUAAUGAGAGUAAGAAGUAUCUGAAAAGUGACUGAAAUCUAAACCGAGGCACUCUUAUCCUUACAUUACGCCAUUGCUUGUAUGAGAAUCUGCCUUUUUUUCUAGUAGGAAACUAUGCAUUCCCCAUUAACCCCUUUGACUAUCAGGAAUGUAUAAGACCUGUGAUAAAAUAGGCCAGUGUGCCAUUUGGUAUCAUUUUUAUGUAUUUUAAAUGCAUAAUUUAGGCAAACUAAGAAUAGUUCAUGUGCAUAUGAAAGCGAAUUUUGCAGUGUACAAGCUACAAUGAAUGCAUUUUAAGGCUGAACAUAUAUUUAGCUCUUUUUGGUAAAUAGAGUUAACAAAUGAUAUGCCUCUUAAUUCGAUCCAUUCUGUAAACCUAUGAAUAAAGAGUAGCUCCUGCCUA